AUGGACGGAAUUUCCCCUGCCGAUUAUGCCCUCAGGCUUAUGCGUAUCAAAGCCAGCACUGAACGCUUUCACAUGCUUUCAUUUGAAGAGCGGUCCGUUAAUCGUUCUCAAGCGAUGGAGAAAUUGCAGCCCAUGAUUGACAAGCUUGGUCAAUCCACUACGAGCACAGCAGACUUCGUGGCUAGUGCCGAGGCAUCUUUCACACAAGAAUCGGUCAACGUUUUCCCACAGCACGCAAAGAUAAUAAUGAGGCUAGCUGCCGAAGUCGCCGGCAACAACAGGGUCCUCGGCUGGAUAGCCGCAGCCAAAGAGGACACGGAGGAAUAUGCGUGGUUGGAAACCACCGAGACGCCGAUACCGCCUGCAGACAUAUUCCAUGGACUUGUCGAUUCUUGUUAAAGCUGCCCCC